GCUGGCGGCCGGGGCGGAGGCGUCCGGGGGCGGCGAGCGGGACCCGGCUCCUCCUCGUCCCGCGCCAGCGCCGCGCCCGGCCGCAUUCUCGGGGCCGGGGGCUCGGCCGCUCACGGCGGAGAAAGCAGGCCGCGGAGGAGGCGGGCGCCCGGGCCUGCCCGGACAGGAAGUGGGCCCAGGUUUCCCAUUCCUCGCUCUGCUCCUUCCUCCGCGGCAAGGGCAGGCCCAGGAGGCAGCGAGCGCCCCGGGGGUGGCCGGGCAGCCGGAUGCUCUCGGGGUUGCGGGCUGUGGCCCUGGGGGUUGAGGGCAGCGCGGGUGCGGCGGAAGCAGGGACGCUGCGAACCGGCCUUUUCGCUGGCCACAGCGCCCUGCACGGACGAUCAGUGAAUGGAGAUUACUCAAUUGAACCUUCGUCUUGUGAGGAACAGAAAAGAUCAAGAAUUGUGAAGCACCUCGAUUUUCCAGCUGUGAAGAUGUGUUCAAAUUUUCAACAUGCGGCCACAUCUAUGAGGUCACUCCCUCUGGAGGAAACCAGCUGCCACUUUGUGAGGAUACUCAUAGUCCUGUGGAGGCAUAUCCUCCAUAUGGCUAAGGCCUCCUGCCAACAACCAUCACUGACUUGCCAGGCAUGAGUGUGCCACCUUGGAAGCAGAUUUUCCAGCCCCAGUCAAGCCUUCAGAUGACAUCAGCUGCUGCUAAUCUCUUGACUACAACCUCAUGAGAGACCCUGAGCCAGAACUAGCCAGGCUUACCCCUCAUGGUUACAAAGUGGCUGCAACAGCUCCAGGUAUUCUAUCCUUUAACACAGAAUAACUCAAACAACAAGACCCAAAAUUCAGACAAGAAGGAAAGGGACUUUUGAAGAGUGAAGAAAACUUUCCUAGAAACCUCAGACUUCUCCUCAUGCCUUAUUGACCAGAUUGUAUCUCAUGCCCAUUUCUAAACCAAUCGUUGGCAAAGUGAAUGGUAUUGAUGUGAUUAGAUUAACUUUACCAAGAAUGCAUCCUCAGAGAGGCUGAGAAAAAGUCCAGCCUCCUUUGAAGAGCCUGGCUACCUUUUACCUGAACAAAACAAGAACUCUGAUGAAAAGAAAAAUGGAGAAUUUAUGUGGAGCAGGCAUCCAGAGUGUCUAUGCCAGGAUUUUUUUUUUUUCAGUGCAUUUCACCAGUUAUAUUUUUAUCUAAAUCUUUACCUUACAAGAUAUGUGGCACAUUUGCCUAAAACAAGCCUUGCUUUCUGAUUUCUGUGCACUCGGCACUUAAACCUUGCAAAUGUCAUUUACCUAACAGUCACUGUCAAGGAGUACCUGGCUAAAGAAUCUCCAGCUAGACAAAGUAGAAGUAUCUGUGCUCUGGCAGUUGAAUAUAUUGUAUCAGGCUCAACAGCAGCUUUCACCAAAGGAUGAGACUUCACAACCAUUAGAUCUUCUUUUAUUUUGUUUUUAUUUAAAAAAAAUUUUAACACACCAUUGCUACCUUGAGGCCAUUAGAUCUUCUUACCCCCAAUACCACAAAAAUUUAGUGGAAUCAGGGGUAUAUCAAGACAAGUGGAGUAGGGGAGCUGGAAGCGGUCAGCCCCCAGGGCAGGCAAUGAGGGAUUGUGAAUUUGGAAAGAAUUUUAAAGCAGUGAUACAGCUCUAAAUGCAAUGUACUAUCCUGGACUUAGCUCUGGAAGAGAAAAAACAUAUUAGUGGAAAAACUGAUAAAAUUCAAAUAAAGUCUGUAGUUUGGUUAAUAGUAUUGUACCAAUGUUAAUUUCUGUUUUGAUAAAUGUACCAUGGUUAUGUAAGCUGGAUGAAAGAUAUGUGGGAAAUCUCUCUACUAUUUCUGCAAUUCUCCUGUAAACCUAAAAAUAUUUCAAAAUAAAAGAUUUAAUGUUAAAAUUGA